AUGGCUGCGCUCUGGGAGAACAAUGGGCAACUAGGCCAGUUUCCUCUGGAACAAUGGUUCUAUGAGAUGCCCCCCGUUACUCGGUGGUGGACAGUAGCCACAGUCGCAACCUCAGUGAUGGUACAGUGCCACAUCGUGACGCCAUUCCAGCUAUUCUACAGCUUCCGAUCUGUCUACGUCAAAUCGCAGUACUGGCGACUCGUCUCGACAUUCCUUUAUUUCGGACCCCUUAACCUCGACCUGUUAUUCCAUGUCUUCUUCCUGCAGCGCUACUCCCGUCUUCUGGAAGAAUCAUCCGGCCGCUCUCCAGCCCACUUUGCAUGGCUGAUCUUCUACGCCAUGACAUCUCUCCUCGUUAUCUCGCCUUUCCUCUCAAUACCUUUCUUGGGCAGCGCACUCUCCUCCAGUCUGGUGUACAUCUGGGCCCGGCGCAACCCGGACACCCGUCUUAGUUUCCUCGGAUUGCUCGUCUUCACAGCCCCAUACCUGCCUUGGGUACUGAUGGGAUUCAGCGUGAUUGUGCACAGGAUCGUGCCGAAGGAUGAGAUGCUCGGUGUUGUUGUCGGCCACAUCUGGUACUUCUUCAACGAUGUCUACCCGCCGCUGCAUGGCGGCCAUCGUCCGUUUGACCCGCCUCGCUGGUGGCGGCGCUUGUUUGAGUCUGUGCCUGCUUCCAGUGAGCGUGCGACCGGUGCGAAUGUAAAUCGCGAGUUUGCGGCUGCCGCGGCGCCUGAGGUCCGAUGA